UUCAUUUAUUCACACACCAUUUAUGAUUAUCGAGAUUAUUUUAUUUUGUUUUGGCUUUAACAACUUUUAGAAAUAUAAUGCUCUUUUCUCAUUUUCGUUAACAGCUUAUACGGACAUGUUUCGUGCAAAACCAAUGAUACUAUCAUUGGUUUUGCGCCUCAUAAACGUAGGUACAUUCGUUGUCAAUUUUGACAGUAGCGCGCGCGCUUCAAUAAUCAGCGCUAUUACAUUUUUUGUUGCGUGUUACACUUUUUUCAUUGCUUUUUGCGAAAUUUAUGAACAUGAGCGAAUCUUAUAAAAACAGAAACUACGUAGUCAAGAUUUUUCACAUCAUCGAUUAAUUAUUAUUAAUAGAACUACAUAUUACAUAGAAGCAUUUUUAUAAAGUCGCGGGAGAUAUUUGUGGCUCCUCGGUCGCCACAGCCACCUCCCGCGCGGAUGUCCAAUUUGCACCCUAAGUGAUGUUAUCUAAUAUUUUUUUACCUGUUUAUGUUUUUUCAUAGACAAAAUGCCGCCACAAGGGCAAGAGAAAGAUUCCUGGGUACUCUACGAAACUGAUGCCAAAGAACAAGAUGUCAAUCAUCGUGUGCCUCCGUCAGCAGAGAAAAGGAAACUGGAUAUUGUAUGGAGAAACGUGAUCAUCUUUACCUAUCUUCACCUGAGCGCCGCAUACGGUGCAUACCUUUUCUUCACCACUGUCACGUGGAAAACUAAGCUCGCUACAUAUAUCCUGUACGUGAUGUCGGGCCUCGGGAUUACAGCGGGUGCACACAGACUUUGGGCGCACAAAUCCUACAAGGCAAAGUUGCCGUUGCGCAUAUUAUUAACUUUCUUCAACACAAUGGCAUUCCAGGAUUCAGUUUUAGACUGGGCGAGAGACCAUAGAAUGCACCAUAAAUAUUCUGAAACUGAUGCUGAUCCGCACAACGCGACUAGAGGUUUCUUCUUCUCGCACGUUGGCUGGCUGCUCGUCAGGAAACAUCCUCAGAUCAAGGCUAAAGGACACACCAUCGACUUGAGUGAUCUUUGGGCUGACCCUGUACUUCGAUUCCAGAAAAAGUACUAUAUGUAUCUUAUGCCAUUGGCUUGUUUCGUCAUGCCGACAUUGUUGCCUACUCUCUGGGGUGAAAGCCUGUGGAAUGCUUACUUCUGCAGUGCAAUCUUCCGCUACGUGUUCACCCUAAAUAGUACCUGGCUCGUAAAUUCUGCAGCUCACUUAUGGGGUCAAAAACCUUACGAUAAACAUAUAAACCCUGUAGAAAUUAAGUCUGUUUCUGUAGCAGCUUUAGGUGAAGGAUUUCAUAAUUACCACCACACAUUCCCAUGGGAUUAUAAAACUGCAGAACUGGGGAACUACUCUUUAAAUAUCACAAAGCUCUUUAUUGAUACGAUGGCUAAAAUUGGCUGGGCUUAUGACCUGAAAACUGUUUCACAUGAAGUAAUUGAGAAACGGGUGAAAAGAACGGGUGAUGGAAGUCAUAGUGUUUGGGGUUCGGAUGAUAAUAAUGCACCCGGAGAAGAUAAAAAUGAUACUACAAUCAUGAACUCAAGCAAGUCUGAAUAAAUUAUUUUAGUAAUAAAUUAAUAUUAUUGUUGCUUAGAAAUGUGAAACGGUAAUUUAUCAGUAGUUUUACUUGAAAUCACCGCGAUAAAAGCUAAGUUUGAUAUAUUUAAGCGAUUUGGUUUUAAAUGAAAUCUGCUCCUUUUACCAUAUUGUGAUAUUUAAUAUUAUUAGAACAGCGUAAUACCUAGUUAGUAAGUUCCUAUUUAUUUUACAGAUCUUAUUAAAUAUUAUGUUUACAGAAAUGUCUAAUGAAUAAGAUCUAAUUUAAAUCCAUUAGCAAUAAAAUUAAAUGUUUCAAUUACUAUGGGUUUUAUAAAGUAUGUAACUUAUAAUAAAAUCUUUUUUAAAUAAGUUUGUUAUAAUUAUUUUAUAUUGCAAAUGUACCUUAUCCGUACGUCUACUAAAUCUUCGUCAAGCGUGUCAGUUUUUACGAUCAAAGUAUUUACAUAUUUAAAAAUAUUAAUUACGUUUCAAAAGAUUUUUUCCUUAAUUUUAUUUUCAUAAUUUCAUUUGAAAUGUCGCAUUUUAUUUGAAACUAUUUAAUAGUUUUGUAAAUACAUAUAGUCAGAAAAAGUUAUAAUAUUUAUUAAUCGUUGAAAGAAAAAAAUAUUAUUUAUUUAUUUUAAUUGAAUACUAAAAUGCAUUCAGUUAAGUCAGGACAAAAAUUGCGAGGCUUAUAACUAUUUUUAAAUAGUAAUACGAUAACUACCCGAAUCAGACCCUUAAAUGAUUGUUUGCUUCACUACCCAAAUGCGAUUCGGGCCUAA